CCAGCAACACAGCGACCAAGCAAUAGUACUGCCAAUGUGAAUGUCUUGAUGAGCGACGUAAUUAAGGGGGUAGAAGAUUGAGCAGGCACCAUAUUUGUGCACGACACGGAAAGUACCGCCGUAAAAAUGCACGAUACAGUAGCUAAAGUAAUUCUACCAUCUGGAAAUUGAGUGUUGUGGUAGCAGCUGUUGAGUAAAGUCUUUUUUUCAUACGUCAUGUUCAGUAGCCCCAUUCUUUGCACAAGAAUAUCAGUGAUCUUAAGUAAACCGUUGUGGUUGCUCCAUGAAGGAGAGCCAUCGGCAGAUACCGAAAAGAACGACAUCACACCACCUAGGUUUGUUGACGAAAAUUGCAAGAACGGGCGUUAUUCGCCAAAAGUCUCAACAGUCAUAAAAAAGAGAAAAUCAAGUAAAUGGGUAGUCACGAGCACUCGCACGGCGAGAAAUCCGCCCACGCGCACGUGCACGGUUAUUUCGCCAAGCAGGGUUUCGGGCACAACCACAACGCAGCCGGGAAGACCAAGCAUAAAGACGGCGCAGGGAUAAACAACAGGGAUUUGACCGAGCAAUUGCUGGAAGUGGAGGAGAUUGAAGAUUUAACGCAAGAUAAUGUACAACUUCCAUCUCCGACCACUGCAACAAAACAGAAACACGAUCAUGGGCACAGCCAUGGUCAGCACAAGAAGCCGGGGCACAGUCACAGCCACGGGGAAGCAGGUGCCGACAAAAAGAUGCCAGAACUGGUCUUAGUUCCGGUCGUGAAUAAACCCGCGCCGGUAGCUACCUGGCCUGCAGAUUCCACUGCAAACGAUCACCACGCACACAGCAACCCCAGCGAUCUCUCUUCAGAGGAAAAAGACGAAGCGAAACGACUCCGACUGUCCAUUGGCUUCUAUCACAGGAAAAAGUGUUAACGUUAACGGUUUUCACAGAUUGCAGUCAUGCAUCACAAAUGUAGCCCAAUAUGCAUGCUAUGCAUGACAAAUUCUGACACGUCUUGCGAUGCAUUUCUGCAUCACAAAUUCCGUUAACGUUAACACUUUUUCUUGUGAUAGCUUCGCGCUCUUCUUCAUGCUGUGUGAAUUGUUCGGUGGGUACAUCGCGAACUCCGUGGCGAUCAUGACCGACGCGGCACACUUACUAGCCGAUGUUGGUGGGUUGUUUGUCUCGUUGAUGGCGGUUUCUUGGACGAGUAGGAUUGCAACAGAGGAGUACACCUAUGGAUACCACCAAGCGGAAAUCGUCGGGGCGUUUUUGUCCAUCGCAAUGGUCUGGAUUUUAACCGGCGGGCUGAUUGUCGAAGCGUGGGAAAGGUAUUUAUUAUGUAUUAAACGAUGAUGUUGAUGUUCGGUGAGAACGAUGUAGUUGACGCGCACUACCAUUUCUUGCAACAUAUUUGUAUGGAGGAAACAACGCUCGAAGUCACAGCGUGGAGAUGAAAUAUUUUGGAUGAGCAGUCAAUGAUUGAAGAUUCAUCUGGAAACACCAUCAACACGACAGGAUACAAAAUCCAGCGGAAAUUCGUGGCGAUUUGAUGUUUGGAAUAGCAACGCUUGGCCUGAUAGUCAAUCUGAUUCUCUUCAAACUCCUCGGUCACAACCACGGCCACGGCGGGGGCCAUGGACAUUCUCAUGGCGGUUCUGCGCACGGACACGCUUGUGCUGCGUCGUCCCAUGGACACUCGCAUGGCAAAUCAUCUUCACAUGGACACUCACACGAGGCAGCAGGACAUGGACAUUCGCACGGGAAAAAAAAGGCGGAGUCCGACCAUGGUGAUCAUGACUGUUGCGGCCACGAUCACGGUGGAGGCGACCACGAUCAUGGUCAUUCACACGGCGCCGGGGGACACGGUCACUCGCACGGUAGUCACGGAAAUAAUCACGGACAUUCUCACUCAUCCCACUCACAUGGCGACAAAAAACAUCACGCCCAUCACGAAGACGACCACGAUUUAGAAAAAGGCCCAUUAACGGACUAUUUGAAGAAAGAUGGGGGUAAACGUAAACAACACGCCACUCAGGCCGGCGCAUCCGCAGGUACUUCUAGUAAAAAAACUACCGCGAGAACUAUUACAACUACAACUUCUUCCCCUUACAACUACUGUACUCAUCAAAACAACACUGCUUUUACAACGGCGCGGCAGUGGCAAAAAGCGAGCGCGCGGUGGCCUCUGGCAAGCGCUCUCUGGCAAGCAAGGCAGGUCGCGAGGUUCUGUGCGAAAGGAAGUGGAGGCUAGUUCGCUAGGGCGCCCGACUGCUGCUGCUGUUCUUGCGCCGCUGCGCCCAGGAUCGUGCGGGAUGAAAUAGGAUGGUGGACAGGGAAAUUAUGGGCAUGAGGAAACUGGCCGACAAAAAGCUCCUGCAGCGAAGAUGUCACUGGCAUCAUGCAAACCCUGCUGGCUAGCGCGACGUCUACGGAAAAAAUCGUCCCGCUGCCGCCGCUGCUGCUGCUGCGCCCUAAGUAAAAGUAGCGCUUUUUCCCUCCCGUCAAAUGUAAAACUACAUCGUUUCUACACGUGCAUGUCUCGAAAAAAACAUGCUUUAUUGAUCAAAAAUCGUCAAACUCAACCUAAAAUCAAACACUAAGGAGGGGCUGAAUCGGUGGAGCUUGUGGCAACUGGCAAUAGUACCAAGCACGGGCAACAUGAACAUGGACACUCCCACGGAGGAGGACCAUCCGCUGCGCACAAGCACGACCAUGGCCACAGUCACAGUCACGGUCACCACGGGCAUCAUCACAGCGACCACGGCCAUUCCCACGGAACUACUCCUGCUGCACCUCCCGCCCCGGCAAGCUCCUCUGCAGAAGAGACUUUCUUCUCUUCCUCUUCCUCCUCCAAAGCGACAAACAACGACCACGGCCACAGUCACGGCGCCCAUAACCACCACAAGAACUCCUCCGACGAGCACGACGAAGUUGACGAGCCAAUCGACCACGAGGCCCAGUAUCAACUGCAAGUAUGUCUAAGUAGGUCUGGAAGGAUGCAACGUUUGUCAUGCUUGUCUGGCAUGACUGAAGAGUUUGUGACGCGUGUCCAACAAGAGUAGAGAUAGACCCUUUCUCUUGUGAUGAAAAAACGCAGCCUGUGCUGCGGAAAGCGCAACACUGACCCGCGCAAAUAUUUCUCAUGCGUGACUCUGCAUUACAGAGCAUUCACCAUUCACGACUCAGCAUUACAGGUUUCCAGACCCAGACAUAUUUGCAAUCCAUACCCAGCAGUCCCUAGCCAUGCGAGCGGCGUUCAUCCACGUAAUAGGAGACUUAAUCCAGUCCGUCGGGGUCAUCAUCGCGGGGGCGUUGAUCUACUUGAAGCCGAUCAACAUCGGCUACACGGAAUAUGACAGUGCACAACUCCCCCUCGUUCUCAUUUCUCAUGCAAAAUCGACAAUUCCAGCGGGUGCAGCCUUGUAUCACUGUUAUGCAUGACAAAUUGUUCCGGAAGCUGAUGAAACAGUACUACUACGCUAGGCUAGGCUAAGGAACUUGUCAUGCACUGGCUCCACGUGUGGUGGUGUUUGUAUUGCUGUUCAUGCCAUAGUACAAAUGAGGGGGAGAGGAGGCAGUUGUGCACUUUUAUACGGAAAACGGGGUGUCGAAUUGGAACUACGCCGACCCAAUGUGCACAUUCCUCUUCGCGGUUUUGGUUUUAUUAACCACGAUACGUAUUGCAAAAAUAUCGUACUAGUAUAAAUUGCAUUACAAAUUUUGGCAAGAAGGAAAGUGGAAUUUGUAAUGCUGUUUGCCUUGGGAAAAAAAAUUGUCAUGCAUAUUUGCAAUUAGUACGAAUACGAUACUUUUGCACAGGAUACACGAAAGACACGGCGGUGGGGAUUCUCGACUCGGUGAUGAUGAAGUCACCGGCAAAUCUCUCCACGAAGAAGGUGAAAAGAGCGCUGGAGCAAGCGUCGAAACACGUUUCCUGUAUUCACGACGUGCACCUUAUCCACAGAAAAAAACACGACCCAUCCCCAUCCAAUUUGUGAUGCAAAACACGAAUAGAGUCCUUCUCCUUUGUUUGUCAUACAGAAAAUGGAUGGCGGUGGAUUUAUUUUUUCUGUGGAUACACAUCUGGUCUGUCGGAACGAUGCCGUGUUUCACCUGUCAUGCGGUGGUGGAGUCUGGGGAUUACUGUGGAGAGGUGUUGCGGGAUUUAACCAACAUGCUGGAGGAGAAAUUCGGGAUUUAUGCAUUGCAAAAGUAUCGUACUAAGUAGUAGUAAUCGCGUUACAAAUUCACUCAGCAUGGUGCCAAAGAAAUAGAAUUUGUCAUGAUGUUUUACCUUAAGAAGAAGAUCUGUCAUGAUGCAUAAUUGCAAUUACUACGAAUGCGAUUAUACUUUUGCAAUGCAUAGGAUUGAGCACACGACGAUUCAGCUGGAAGUCGAGGGGGAAUUUGACCACACACAGGAGAAGUACGGGGGAAUACACGGGCAAACGGACUUCCACACGAAUGAGUGCUGCCGGUUGAGCUCGCCAAGCGGGUCGGUCAAGGUUUCCUCGUCGCCGGUGGAAGUGUAGUUUGGAACGACGACGACAACGAGGAGCUUCCGGAUAAGUCGACAGAAAGAGGGGCGGCGCGAAGUAGACGGUGGUAUUGCAGAGGAAGCAGAUAACUACAGAUGAAGAUUCUCAUUCUUGUUAUCAUCGAGAGUGAUUCGUUCAAAGUGGUAGUGGUUGUUUGACUUGUUCACACGAAAUAGCAGUACUUACGUAGGAAACAUGAGGAGCAGCUGUACUUUUAUUACAAAAGCAGCAGGACUACAAACAGUAACAGUUUGAGUUUUGGUUUUCCAACUUCUAAAACGAAAAAUUACGCUUUUAUGUUUCUUGAGUGGUUAUUUUGGUUUUCGUUUUUCAAAAGAAUUCAGACACAGACGCACUGUAAAACUUUUGAUGAAGAACCUCGAUGGUUUCAUUCACUUAUUCGAAUCUGACGCGAACAAGUGAAAAUGGAAAAUCUUCUCAGCCCUGAGGCCGGACCCUUAACUGUGACACAGCAAAGAGUCAGCACGUAUGUGCUAGUUUGCGAGAAGAAGUGACCGAUGGGCACGAUAAGCCGUUCUUCAAUCUGGCGCCAGCAUUUAUUCCCGGACACAACUACAACAAACAAGAUAAGAAAGGCGCGUAGUACGCAGAUAAAGGCUCAACCGGC